GCGGUGUUCACUUUCCCUUUCACAAGCCCUGUGUUGGCCGGGCGAAGUUCAGUCGUUCCUCAGUUGUGUUCGCGUAAACGUUCCAGAGUGGAUGAUGACCGAGCGCUGAUAAAAGUGCAUGUAUAGAAACAAAGAUAAAAAAGAUAACGAACAUUUACUAAAGGAAUUAAAAGAAGAAACAAGAAUUUUCGCUCGCUAUGAACCUCAAGGGCGUCCUAAUUUUGACAGAGCUGCUGACUCUGCUGGGGACCCUCAUGGCACGAGUGGCACUAGACUUCACCAACGUCACGGCACCGGAGCACGUGAGAGCCCUGGAGGAAUUCACCAUCUCUGCCUUCCUCGCCGUGCCCUCUACCUCCACCUUCCACCUCAAGAUGAACCAGUACGCCAUGCAGGGAAUGUCUCACUUAGUAAACAGUUCGAUGCUUCGGUCGGGUUUGUCUGGAGGGACUGAAGUCUCGAUGUUCAACGUGAUGACGGACCAGCAGGAUCUGACCUUCCCUUCCAUCAACGAGAGCCAACUGAGAGCCAAACUGUCUUCGCUGGACGAGGAACAGUUCGAGUUGAUGAAGCAAGUGUUCAGCGGAAACUACACCGAUACUUUUACCAUUGCUCCGUCAGACACCGACUUCGAACAGUCACUACAGGUCAUGUAUGCGCUGAGGACACGGUGGUCGACCGAUCCCGCCCCGGACCCUAAGGUGGACCCCCUGGAGCUGGAGAAAGUGCCCAAAGAAGUGGAGCAGAACCUGGAGGCGAUGACGGAGGGCGAGGCCGUAGCGGAAACGGGAAGGACCUUCCACACCGCCGCCGCGCCCUUGCACGUGGCCCCUGAACACCUGCGUCACAUGAUGGACACUGUUUUCACCGUCGGGAGGAACCACGAGACUUCUCCGCUGGACAAGUCGUCGGUCGUCCUUUACAUCACGCAGAAAUUUGAUUCGCUUGGACUCAUGGUCGUGGAUCACGUUUUCUCCGCUGCUGAGUAUAUAUUUUGGUUCGACCAGCCGCUGCAGGGCGUGAAUAUCAUCGGCAUUUUGGCCGGCGAAACCUGGGGCACGGCUGACGACAAACCGAUAAUCCUCGGGGCACACAUGGACACGGUGCCCGGGACCCCUGGCUUCGACGACAACGGGUCCGGCUUGGCUGCUCUCGUGGAGGCGGCCCGAGUCCUCGCCACGAGCGGCUGCUCCUUCCGCCACUCCAUCUUCUUCGUCGCUUUCGAUCUGGAGGAGCUCGGCACCCAGGGUUCUGCGAUGUUCGUGAAGGAUUAUCUCACCGGGAGUAUCAUGGACAAAUUCGGGAUCACGGAAAUCACAGGCGCUUUCGUUGUUGAUUGUAUCGCCAACUGGGAUCCAACACCAGGCAGUCAAGAUUUCCCGCCGACAUGGGCUGCCUACCUUCCCGACAAUGCGCGUAGUAUCGAGAGCCACAACUUCACGGGUGAUUUUACUGGAAUCCUUUACCGAUCCCAGGUCGAUGGGCAGUUAGCUAAUACGUUGUCACGUUAUUACAACGACCUCGGCCAUGACCACUAUCGUCUGGAGAUGAUGGGUCUGCAGGAACUGGGCGCUGAAAUGCCCAACGCGACGGUUCUCAAAAACCACUUCGACUUCAUACGCUCUGACCACGUCCGCUUCUGGUACCUUAACGACACAAAUAACACGCCGUCCAUGCCUGCCGUGCUUAUUACCGACAUGGGUCCUUAUCGCGGACGCAUGAGACAGUGUUACCAUCAAGCGUGUGAUGACGCAGAGACAGGCUUCAGCAACCUGGGCCUCGUUACGAAGGUCACACAAGCAUUGGUCUGGACUCUUGCCGACCUUGCUAAAGGGAGAUGCGGUCCACGUGGAAGGCUGUCUGUGCCCACGCUUUUCGCACUCUUGGGCAGCACAUCCAGGCAGUCUUUGGACCAGAAAAUGCCCAUCGCCUCCAUCCAGGACGCCAUGGAGAUUCUGCACUUCCUGGGUCUCCUCCCACCAGUGGAGACACAGCCCACGUGAUAAGAAUCGUCUGCUGCUUUGCCCCACUUCCCACUGGCUACUUGUUUGUGUAUAUAUAAUUGUCCAGUCCACUAUUUUUUUUUACUCGAUCAGGGAAUUUAAAAAGUAGCAAGAGUGAGAAAACGUCCAGGUGCAAGUUACUGCCUUGUGUAGAGUAAGGUAUAUACAAUUAUUUAUAGUAAGAUAUUUAAGCUUAGAUAUUUAAGUAUACAGAUCUAAGUUUCACAGUGACACUGACCUUUGCACUUAAUUAGAAUAUAUUCAAUCCAUGGAGCUUUGGGGCCAAUUCUGACUAAAUUACGAGACCUUGUAUCCUAAUAAUAGUUAAAUGAAAGACCACUGUAUAAAUCAUGGUGACUACUUACAUGGAUGACGAGGUUCAUUUGAAAAUUACUCGUGUAACUGAAGCCCAGUCUAAAAUCAUAAAAAGUUAGCUGUAUUGCAACAUAAUUCAGGAAACUUUUACUUUUCCCUCAGUGCAUGUAAUGCCUGUGUAAUACAUAGCUAGUGAAGUUAUCUUCAUAGGAAAUAGGAUCUGCACCCGAUGAACUCUUGUUCUCAGCAUUCACAAUGCAAACCUUUCCUUUCAUGUUCCAAAAACAAUUUUUACAAUUGUUAUUAUAGAAUAUACCUGCUGGACAGGAUUUUAGAUUUAUGAAUACAUAUAUUGUGUGUAUGUUUACAUAAAUACUAUUCAUACAAUCAAGCAUUGCACACCACACAUACUAAUGCAUGAAGUUUUCCAACUGUAAAUGGUGAGAGAAGUAUACAAAAAUAAUAACUUCACGAGUAUAAUUCACUGUAUAUUUAUUUAUUUUCAUUGUGAAUACAGCAUUUAUUAUAUACAAUUUUUAUUUUUAAGUUGAGCAAUCCACUCAUUUUGUGAAUUUAUUCUUGCAUACUUUCCUCAUCAAACAGGCAGAAAAGGAAAAAAGUGAAGUGGCACGAAUGAGAGAACAUGAUUCCACAAUGCAAGACAUGUGACUGACCUUUAAUUUAACAUUUCACAAGUAUUUUACAUUUUCCUAAUGAAGAUGUUAUAUAGCAAAAUUAAUAACAUAUGCAAUGUGGAGUUAAUCAUUCUCAGCCAUACUCUUUCUACAUUUGCCUUACAGAUUCAUAUGUCAACAAAUUCUCAUCUAAUGUAAACAGCAAGGAGCAGAAAGAGUACAAAUGAUUAAAUGAAACACACACAAAUUAUGUUACUUUAUUACAUGAUGUUUUACAAUAAAUAGUCAAUCAAUACAA